CUUUUCAUAAGGGUAUGGUAGAAAUAGAAGCUACUUAAUCGCCUUGCUCAACAGUGCCGGUAACAGUUUUCGCUUAACUUCGUCGCAACUCAAUACGGAAUAACUUGGUGUUAGUUAGCCAUAAAAUAUGAAUCUCAAGCACAUGCAGAGCAUUGGCAGGCAAGCGUCCAGGUGUUUCAGACUAUCAGCAGUCGCUGCCAAUAAGCCAAGUCAGCAACGUCGCUACUGCGUCGUCCUUUUGCCAUUGGCCGUGGUUCAUUGCACUGCGGAUACUAAGAAGGCACAAUACUCAACAGCAGCUGGCAUCGACAUGUCUGGUGGAGAUUUUAAGAACGCAGCGUCUGUUUACGAGUUUACCGUAAAGGACACACACGGCAACGAUGUGUCUUUGGAGAAGUACAAGGGUCGCGUGCUGUUGGUGGUCAACAUUGCCUCAAAGUGUGGCCUAACCAAGAACAACUAUCAGAAGCUCACCGAGCUCAAGGAGAAGUUUGGCGAACGCGGCCUCACUAUCCUGAACUUCCCUUGCAAUCAGUUCAACUCACAAAUGCCAGAAUCCGAUGGUGAAGCUAUGGUCUGCCACUUGCGUGACGCGAAGGCUGACAUAGGCGAAGUGUUUGCCAAGGUCAAUGUGAACGGCGAUGAUGCUGCUCCACUCUACAAGUAUCUGAAGGCUAAGCAGACAGGCACCUUGGGCAGCGGUCUUAAAUGGAAUUUCACCAAGUUUUUGGUCAACAAGGAAGGCAUACCUGUUAAUCGUUAUGCACCCACCACUGAUCCUAUGGAUAUAGCCAAGGACAUUGAAAAAUUGUUGUAG